GGGUUGCGCCUGAGGCCGCCGACGUGGGGCGCGCGUGGGGACCACAACUCCCAGGCGCCCGCGCGCCGCCUCGCCCGGACCAUGUGAUCCGUGCCGCGCGGGUCGCGAUCACGGCGGUGGCUGCGGCGGCGGCGGCGGCUGAACUGACUCGGAGCGAGGAGACACGAGCGAGCAGACGCGGCCCUAACGCCCGCCCGCGCGCUCACCAUGGCGAUGCAUUUCAUCUUCUCAGAUACGGUGGUGCUUCUGUUUGAUUUCUGGAGUGUCCACAGUCCUGCUGGCAUGGCCCUUUCGGUGUUGGUGCUCCUGCUCCUGGCUGUACUGUAUGAAGGCAUCAAGGUUGGCAAAGCCAAGCUGCUCCACCAGGUGCUGGUGAACCUGCCCACCUCCAUCAGCCAGCAGACCAUCGCAGAGACAGACGGAGACUCUGCAGGCUCAGAUUCAUCCCCUGUUGGCAGAACCCACCACAGGUGGUAUUUGUGUCACCUUGGCCAGUCUCUAAUCCAUGUUAUCCAGGUGGUCAUCGGCUACUUCAUCAUGCUGGCCGUAAUGUCCUACAACACCUGGAUUUUCCUUGGUGUGGUCCUGGGCUCUGCUGUGGGCUACUACCUAGCUUACCCACUUCUCAGCACAGCUUAGCUGGUGAGGAAUGUGCAGGCACUGAGGCUGGAGGGACACGGGGACCCCUCUUCCAGACACUAUACUUCCAACUGCCCUUUCUUCUGAUGGCUAUUCUUCCACCUUAUUCCCAGCCCCUGGAAACUUUGAGCUGAAGCCAGCACUUGCUCCCUGGAGUUUGGAGGCCAUUGUAUCAACCUUCCUUCUCAGCCAGCCUGCAUAGGGCCCAGGCCUGGUCUUGUGUUUUAAGAUGGCUGCUGUGACCAAAGGGAGAAUGGAGAGAACAGGGGUGGCAGGGUUACUGAGCCCAUGACAAUGCAUUUCUGCAAACCAGGAGUUUCCAAAGAUUUCAAGCCAGGGAGAAGGGUUCUUGGUGAUGCAGGGCAUGGAACCUGGACACCCUCAGCUCUCCUGCUUUGUGCCUUAUCUACAGGAGCAUCGCCCAUUGGACUUCCUGACCUCUUCUGUCUUUGAGGGACAGAGACCAAGCUAGAUCUUUUUUCUCACCUUUCUGCCUUUGGAAUACAUGAAGAUCAUCUCUUCUAUGGAUCAUGUUGACAAACUUUUUUUAUUUUUCCCAUUGAACUCCUAGUUGGCAAUUUUGCACAUUCAUACAAAAAAAUUUUAAUGAAAUGAUUUCAUUUUAUUCAUGAUGGAUGGCAGCAACUGCUGAGACCUACUUCCCUUUCUUGGGGGGAGAAUAAGUGACAGCUGAUUAAAGACAGAGACACAGGACUGCUCUCAGGCUCCUGGUUUAUUCUCUGAUAGACUGAGCUCCUUCCACCAGAAGGCACUGCCUGCAGGAAGAAGAUCAUCUGAUGGCCGUGCGUGUCUGGGAAGCUCUUCAUGGCCUUAAUGCCCUUCUUUAUCCUUAUCUUUCCUCUAUGCAAAACAAAAAACUGCAUCUAAUAAUGUUCAAUACUUAAUGUUCUCUAUUUAUUACUUACUGCUUACUCGUAAUGAUCUGGUGGGGAAACAUGAUUCAUUCACUUAAAAUAUUGAUUAAGCCAUGGCAGGUACUGACUGAAGAUGCAAUCCAACCAAAGCCAUUACAUUUUUUAAGUUAGAUGGGACUCUCUGGAUAGUUGAACCUCUUUGCUUUAUAAAAAAGGAAAGAGAAAAAUCACUGCUAUAUACUAAAUACCUCACAGACUAGAUGAAAAGAUGGUUGUAAGCUUUGGGAAUUAAAAACAAAUACAUUUUAGUAAAUAUAUAUUUUUACAUA